GCUAAGUACGGCUGUCCCAGCGUUACAGGCGAGAAACCCGGGCCUUUCCCAGCUUUGCCAGCCUGUCGCCUCAGAUUUGGCUGCUUGUGGGACAGAAGCGUCUGUCACCCUCCUCGCGAUAUUCCUGGCGCCUCACAUCGCCUCCCGGUGCCCCGGCGGCCGAGCGGCCAGCAGGGAGCGGGCGCCCGACGGGUGCCCUCGGAGCGGACCCUCGCGCCAUGGAGCGGCCGGCGCCCGGCGAGGUGCGCAUGAGCCAGGCCGUCCAGCCCGCGCACGGCAGCCCCCGCGGGGAGCUCAGCGCCGGGCAGCUGCUCAAGUGGAUCGACGCCGCCGCCUGCCUGGCGGCUGAAAAACAUGCUGGGGUUUCCUGUGUUACAGCCUCAGUGGAUGACAUACAAUUUGAGGAGACAGCUAGAGUUGGACAAAUUAUUACCAUCAAAGCAAAAGUCACUAGAGCAUUCAGCACAAGCAUGGAGAUCAGCAUCAGGGUCACGGUACAGGACAUGUGCACUGACGUUGAGAAACUUGUCAGUGUGGCUUUCUGUACAUUUGUAGCCAAACCGGUUGGAAAAGAAAAGAUUCAGUUAAAACCAAUCACACUUCUAACUGAACAAGAUCGUGUGGAACAUAAUCUGGCUUCUGAGAGAAGGAAAGUUCGAUUACAACAUGAAGAUACCUUUAAAACCUUGAUGAAGGAAAGUAGCAAGUUCAGUGAUUCCAUUUGUGAUGAAGAGGAAGGAGUGGUUUCCACAAGGGGCACCUCUGUUCAGAGCAUUGAACUUGUCCUCCCUCCCCAUGCAAACCAUCAUGGAAAUACAUUUGGUGGCCAGAUUAUGGCUUGGAUGGAGACCGUGGCAACCAUUUCUGCAAGCCGCCUCUGUCGGGUGCAUCCCCUUCUGAAGUCUGUGGAUAUGUUUAAGUUCCGGGGACCAUCUACAGUUGGAGAUCGGCUUGUCUUCAAUGCUGUCGUCAACAAUACAUUUCAGACCUGUGUUGAAGUGGGAGUGCGUGUGGAGGCCUUUGACUGUCAGGAGUGGUCGGAGGGCCGAGGCCGUCACAUCAACAGUGCUUUUCUCAUUUAUAAUGCGAUCAAUGAUAAGGAAGAACUGGUCAUAUUUCCCAAAAUCAAACCCAUGUCAAAGGAUGAUUUUAGACGGUAUCGUGGAGCCAAGGCUCGCAAGAGAAUUCGCCUGGGAAGAAAAUAUGUUAUUUCCCACAAAGAAGAGGUUCCACUUUGUGUACACUGGGACAUAAGCAACCAGGUAACCCUGAGUCAUGGCAAUGUGGAAGCUCUCAAAAACCUGGCAGCCAAAAGUGGUUGGGAGGUUACCAGUGCCAUGGAAAAGAUAAAAAUUUAUACUCUGGAAGAGCAUGAUAUUUUAUCUAUUUGGGUUGAAAAGCAUGUGGAAAGACCAGCACACUUGGCUUAUCAUCUCUUGUCAGACUUUACCAAGCGACCUUUGUGGGACCCCCAUUAUGUGUCCUGUGAAGUCAUAGAUUGGGUGGGUGAAGAUGAUCAGAUAUACCAUAUCACUUGUCCCAUAGUAAAUGGCGACAAACUCAAAGACUUGGUAGUACUUGUAUCACGAAGAAGGCCUCUCAAAGAUGGGUGAGUACAUGCAAUUCAAGUGUCAUUGCAAUGAUUUAUAGUAUAGAGUAGAAAGAAUAAGUUGAUAUGAAAAUAAGGAAGGAAACAUAUGCAUUUCUGAUCGUGUUCAUCUGAAUAUUUUCUAGGACCUUUAAUUAUCAUUAAAAAAUCAUUUAUUAAAUGCCACCUGUAUGCAAAGUGCCAUGCAAGAUUCCUAAAGCAGUUCCCUUUCCUUUUGUGCUAUAAACAUUUAAAACCAUGCAUACUUAGCAAAUCAUUGAGACUUUCCAUUAUCAGUAAGUAGUGAAAGCCAAAUAAAACACCAGGAAUUGGUUUAGAAUUUACAAAGACCCAAUUGUGCUAGACCUCCAAAAUGACUAGCUGCCAACAAGGGCUGUCCAUCAGAGUGUCUGUGCGUGAUUUUUCUGUGGGCACUGGACUUCUGGGAGUACCUGGUCUGGGUUCUAAGGGGAAGUGUCCAAAGAGACAAGAAAUGGAAGCUGCCAGAACAGUUAAGAUCUACACUUGGACAGUUCCAAGUGUCAUUUCUAAUGUCAAAACUGGCCUAUAGAAAUAAUCCCACACAUAUAUGAUAUUAAUGCACAUGGAUGUUUCAGUACAGUAUAAUUUAUUAUGGCAAAAGAAGUUAGCUAUAAACAGAAGGUCUAUCUUAUGAAUUACGGUAGAGCCAUACUGCAGAGGAUGAAGUAACUAUAGAGGCACUGAUACAGAAACAUCUU